AUGGCGCGUUGUGGGGUCGCCGUUCUCGUUCUGAUCCUGCUGGCCUGUGUCGCUGCGGCGGCUGCUGGCGGUGGGGAUCACCACCACCGGCGGGGCAGCAGGGCGUCGGCGCGGCUGCGGCUCGUGCCCGCCGCUCCGGGCGCGUCACUGGCAGAGCGCGCGCGGGACGACCGGCACCGGCACGCCUACAUCUCUCGGAGGCUGGCGUCGGCGUCGCCAAGCCGGCGGCGCGCGGCCGAGACGUCGACGGCCCCGGGCCCGGAGGCGUCGGCGUUCGCGAUGCCCCUGACGUCGGGCGCGUACACGGGCACGGGGCAGUACUUCGUGCGGUUCCGCGUGGGCACCCCCGCGCAGCCCUUCGUGCUCGUCGCCGACACCGGCAGCGACCUCACCUGGGUCAAGUGCCGCGGCGCGUCCCCGCCGUCGGCCGCGUCUCCGUCAGGCUCGCCGCGCGUGUUCCGGCCGGCGGACUCCAAGUCGUGGGCGCCCAUCCCGUGCUCCUCCGACACGUGCAAGUCCUACGUCCCCUUCUCCCUCGCCAACUGCUCCGCCGGCACCGCCCCCUGCGCCUACGACUACAGGUACAAGGACAACUCGUCGGCCCGCGGCGUGGUGGGCACGGACGCGGCCACCAUCGCCCUCUCCGGCUCCAACGGAGGCGGCGGCACGGACAGGAAGGCCAAGCUGCAGGAGGUGGUGCUGGGCUGCACCACCUCCUACGACGGCCAGAGCUUCCAGGCCUCCGACGGCGUGCUCAGCCUCGGCAACAGCAACAUCUCUUUCGCCUCCCGCGCCGCCGCGCGCUUCGGCGGCCGCUUCUCCUACUGCCUCGUCGACCACCUCGCCCCGCGCAACACCUCCAGCUACCUCACCUUCGGCCCCGACGCCUCCAACGGCGCCGCGCAGUCGCCGUCGAGGACGCCGCUGCUGCUCGACGCCCAGGUGGCCCCGUUCUACGCCGUCACGGUCGACGCCGUCUCCGUCGCCGGGGAGGCGCUCGACAUCCCCGCCGACGUGUGGGACGUCAAGAAGAGCGGCGGCGCCAUCCUCGACUCCGGCACCAGCCUCACCAUCCUCGCCACCCCGGCGUACAAGGCGGUGGUGGCCGCGCUGAGCAAGCAGCUCGCGGGAGUGCCGCGGGUGACCAUGGAUCCCUUCGAGUACUGCUACAACUGGACGGCCACGAGCACGCCGCCGGCCGUCCCGAGGCUGGAGGUGCGGUUCGCCGGGUCGGCGCGGCUUCAGCCCCCGACCAAGAGCUACGUCAUCGACGCGGCGCCCGGCGUCAAGUGCAUCGGGCUCCAGGAGGGCAUCUGGCCCGGGGUGUCCGUCAUCGGCAACAUCCUGCAGCAGGAGCACCUCUGGGAGUUCGACCUCGCCAACCGCUGGCUUAGGUUUAAGGAGAGUCGCUGUGCACAGUAA